CUGAAACGCAACCGGCACCGAAACAUCAUUCAGUUGUACGAUGUGCUCGAUACUCCUGCAAGGAUCUACUUGGUCAUGGAGAACGCGGACGGGGGCGAGCUUUUCGACUACAUCGUGAAACGACAGCGUGUCCCCGAGCCGGAGGCCUCGGCGUUUUUCAAGCAGCUGGUCGACGGCGUCGGUUAUUUGCAUGCCAUGGAGGUGACUCAUCGGGAUUUAAAACCAGAAAAUUUGUUGUUGCAGUCCUCUAAAAGCGCCCCCGGGGGUUGGUGCGUGAAAAUCAUCGAUUUCGGCCUGUCCAACACCCAUGAAGCUGGUACACUGCUGUCUACAGCCUGUGGCUCCCCGUGCUAUGCCUGCCCUGAAAUGAUCCGCGGACUUGCCUACCGAGGCCCAGCUGCUGAUGUCUGGAGCAUGGGAGUCAUUU